AGAAGCUGAUACGAGUUUCCCUUCAUUUUUUCAUGUUCCAUACAAUUGUAAUGGACACAACAUGCCAAGGUCUCUCAGAUCUUUCCCUAAACCACCCUCUUGCUCCAGUUGAAUCUGCCAAUUGUGGCAGUUCUUCUUCGCAAGAUGACGAAGACGGCUUUGGGGAUCUGCGAUCUCUGCCUGUAUAUGUCUGCGAGAGACGACCCACAUGUUUACGAUGUUGCCGUCCCCAGAAGGUGUGUCUCUGCCCGUUCCUGCCAGUCCACCCCCUGGAGGUCGCCACGUGUCUGUACAUCGUACAGCAUCCUGCAGAGGAGAGUCGAGCGCUUCGUACCGUUCCUCUCCUUGCUGCGUGUUUGCCCCCAGGAAAAUGCAAGGUCUUGGUGGGAAGGAGAUUCAAUGAAGAGAGGAACCCAGAGCUGGCUGCAGUGUGUCGAGACAGCAGAACCCUGAUACUGUACCCGGGACCAGAUGCUCAGAACCUGGAGGAGCUAGUCCAGAAACAAGACCGGUACCAGGACAGGAUGGGAGAGCAAUUUGUGAGGGCAGUGGGACCCAAUGUCAUCAUCAUCGAUGGCACCUGGAGCCAGGCAAAAGAUAUGUUCCUCAGAAACACCCUGCUCCACCAGCCCAAACAGGUACAGCUGAGCAGGAGUGAGCAGACUAGUCAGUAUGUGAUCCGUUCUCAGCCAUCUAACAUCUGCCUGUCCACCCUGGAGUGUGCUGCUGUCACCCUGUCCAUCCUAGAGAGGAACGAAGCAAUACAGGAGGUUCUGUUGAAACCUCUGCAGGCUUUGUGCUCUUUCCAGCUGCAGCAUGGGGCCCUGGUCCACCACAGCAAGGAACACCUGAUACGACACGGCAUUUACGACAAACAGAUGCCCACGAACAAACGCAAGAUCAAGAGAAUGGAGAAUCUUAUUACUAACCAGCACAUCUGCCCUAGAUGAGGGACUACUAGGUUGUUUAUGAAAUAAAAGAACACUCUGGCCUAUCCUCAUAUAGUACACUACUUUUGACCUGAGUGCAAUUUGGAUUAAUCAACGUUUCUUCCACCUUACCCAGAUGUGUACAGAGCACUGAAAUUCAGACCCCUGGGUCAGUGUGGCUACCCCCUAUAUUUCCAAACCAAUGUGUGGUUAUUUGAAAUUGUCUUAUUUGUUUUUAUACAUGUGUUGAAAUAAAUAAGUAAAGUGUC